AUGGCCAUCCAACGAGGGUUUACUUCGGACAGUUACCAAAUUAUUACUUCAAAAAUUCUAACGGAUAGGCAGGGCAAUGCUAAAAUUUUUUCGGCUCGGUCGUUGGGAACCAAAUCGAGGGCGUUUUUUCCGUCGCAAGUCCAAUCAGGAAGGGCGUCUUCGAGAGCAAGGCAUUUCAAAAAAGUGACCCAUUGCGUUUUUGAUUUAGAUGGUACCGUGAUAGAUUCCGAAUCACAAUACCACAAAAUACUCAAAGAAAUAUGCGCGAAUCACGGCAAGAAAUAUACAAAAGAGCUACAAAUUCGCAACACCGGUUCGACUGACAAGGAGGUGUGCGCGAAUGUGGUGAGGGAGUUACGUAUGAACAUCACUGCUGACCAGCUGCAACGGGAACUUCAGGAUGCGAGCCGAUCUAAACUACCACAUGCGCCGUUACAGAAAGGGGCUGAACGUCUACUGCAGCACCUGUACGAGAAGGGGAUCAAGUUCGCGCUGGCCACCAACUCCUCGCGGAGAGCAGUCAGACUCCACAUGGCUGCGAAGCCUCAAAUAUUCAAACUGUUCAAUCAUAUGGUGUGUGCGACUGACCCGGACGUCGACCGCGGAAAGCCGUUCCCUGAUAUCUACCUGAUGGCCGCUGCCAAGUUCCCGGAUAACCCGAAGCCUAUCAAGUGCCUCGUGUUCGAAGAUUCGUUAGUUGGCUUAGAAGCUGGACUUGCGGCAGGAAUGCAGGUCGUCCUGACUCCACCAUCACGCUUGCCACCUCAGGUCGCUCGAAGAGCAACACUAGUACUAAAAUCCCUUCAGGAUUUCAAGCCGGAAUACUUCGGAUUACCGCCUUUUUCUGACGACAACAAAAAACUAGCUUAGAUUAGGUAACUUUCGCGUUAAUGAAUUUAGUAGUAUUUUUAUUUUUAGGCUGGCAAUUUUUUAGUAGAAACUUAAUUUUAUGACUGCAUAUUUUUUAAGUUAACAUAGGUAUUUAGCCAAGUUUAAUGUAGACAUAUAUGUAUUGCUAAUUUUCGCUACAUUUUAAUG